AUGGUGGAAACCUGCACGGAUCACGGCACUUACACAGACUGCACAUGUCCUGAUGGUUAUUCGGGAGAACUUUGUGAGAAGCGUCCGUUGUGCAUGACUAACCAUGAUUGCCCACUCGAUUCAGAUUGUGUGUCUGGGGAAUGUGUUUGCAGUACUUCAGGGAUGUGUAUGGCUCUUCUGUCGGUUUGUCCAGGAGGACCAUGUCUGCAUGGCGGUUCUUGCGGAGGUACACCUGAGCAUCCUAUCUGCAUUUGUACAAAUGGCUACGCAGAUGAUUGGGAACCAUUUUUUAUUUCCAGGAGCACAUUGCGAAGUACAAGUGGGACCCCUAUCGAAAACCCUCUGGUUUCCUGUCCUUGCAUAAAUGGUGGCACUUGCGAACAAAAUAUGCACAAUGGUGAAAUCUGUAUUUGUCCACCGGGAUAUUCAGAAACGAUUGCCAAUGGUUGUGUGAUCACGCCUUGUCAGACAAUUCCUUGUCAGAACGAAGGAAUUUGUAAGGAACAACCGGUGUAUGGGGCACAGAAUUAUACUUGUGAAUGUACUAGUGGAUGGACAGGCAAGAAUUGCGAGACAGACGUGAACGAAUGCGACACACCAGGAAUUUGCAACAAUGGUAUUUGCCAAAAUCGCAACGGUUCGUUCCAGUGUUACUGCGAACCUGGUUAUACAGGUAAAAGAUGUGACAUGGACUUCAACGAAUGCCUAAGUCUACCUUGUCAUCACGGCACUUGCGUAAAUAAGGUUAACGAUUUUGCUUGCGUCUGCGCUCCUGGUUUCAAAGGUAAACAAUGCGACGUAGAUAUUGAUGAAUGCGAAUCGUCACCUUGUCAGAAUGGAUCAACGUGCCAAAAUCUUUUGGCUAAAUACGAAUGUGUCUGUUCUCCUGGUACAACUGGACAGAAUUGCGAAAUUGAUAUAAAUGAAUGCGAGAGUACUCCAUGUCUACACGGUGGUGUCUGCGAAGACCAUCGAGCUUCUUUUACUUGCCACUGCGAAGGCACAGGUUUUAUGGGAUCCUUAUGUGAAAUCAACAUAGACGAAUGUAUGAGCUCACCUUGUUUGAAUGGUGGUAAAUGUGAAGAUGGUAUCAACAACUAUGAUUGUGUCUGCUAUCCUGGUUAUAGAGGUAAAAAUUGUGAAGAAGAUAUAAACGAAUGUGAAAGCAUGCCUUGUCAGUUUGGUGGUACUUGUUUGGAGCGGAGUGACCAGUCGCUUUAUAUUCAUAAUUCUGAAAUUUUACUUCCUGAAGUAUUCAAUGGAGUCUUUACGUAUGAAAAUGCUAGCGGUUACGAGUGCAGUUGUAACUAUGGUACAACUGGUAGAAAUUGUGAGAUCAACAUCAAUGAAUGCGAAAGCAGUCCUUGUGGUCUUCACGGAAACUGUAAAGAUUUAAUUGGAAGCUACGUCUGUGAUUGCCAUCCUGGUUUUGAAGGCAUUCAUUGUCAAAUCGAUAUCGACGAAUGUGAAAGAUAUGAACCUUGUCUUCAUGGUCGAUGUUACGACGAACGUGCGACCUACAGGUGUGAAUGUGAACCUUCUUGGGGCGGCGUCAAUUGCACAGUUGCCCUGACAGGGUGCCACGGAGAACCUUGUUUGCACCAGGGAACCUGCUCACCUUACGUCAUCAAUGAGACGGAACACAGAUUCAAUUGUACUUGUGUUAAUGGAUACCAAGGGGGUAAUUGCGAAAAGAUUACCACAAUGUCCUACAUGGGCUCCAGUUAUGUAAUCGUCAACACCACACGUGAUGAGGGCUAUGAUAUUCAAUUUAGAUUUAAAACAACUUUACCAAAUGGACUGCUGGCAAUUGGAAAUGGAUUGACUUUCUACAUCUUAGAAUUAACCAACGGUCGACUGAAUUUGAGGACAUCCUUGCUGAAUAAAUGGGAGGGAGUCUUUAUUGGAUCUGGACUUAAUAAUAGCCACUGGCAGAAGGUGUUUGUCGCAAUCAACACAUCACAUUUAGUUUUGGCAGCCAACGAAGAACAAACUAUUUAUCCAAUUUCUUUAAGUGAAGGAACGACCACACUUUACACCAGUUUUCCCGAAACACAUUUAGGUGGAACUGUUAGCCGGUUUAAAAGUCUUGUCCAGGGUUCACACUCGUUUGUUGGAUGCACUCAAGAUGUCAUCAUCAACGGAGAAUGGGCGUUGCCAGAUAGUUCAGGAGCCCUUACAUCCUUAAUUGAAGUAUCAGAGGGUUGUCCUCGUGAUCCACAAUGUGAACCCAAUCCUUGUUAUUCAGGUGGCCAUUGCACAGAUUUAUGGAGAAACUUUUCAUGCACUUGCGAAAGACCUUACUUGGGACAAAAGUGCCAAUAUAAUUUCACUGCUGCUACCUUUGGAAACGAGAACACAUCUAACAGUUUGGUUGUGGUGAAUGUCAGUGAUACUGCUAGACGAGCUGUGAGAUCUGUUGUGGAUAUAUCUAUGUUUAUCAGGACACGACAGGAUUCAGGACAGUUAUUUUACCUUGGAAGUCCAAUAUCAGCAGAUGAACCCAUAUCAGCUCCAGAUCACUCCUACAUUUCUGCUCAAUUAAAAGGUGGAGAGUUGCAAGUUAGUAUACAAUUUAAUGGAACUCCUGAAUCCUACACUGUCGGAGGAAAUAAACUGGAUAACGGUUACAACCAUUUGAUAGAGGUUGUUCGUAAUUUAACAUUGGUGCAUGUGAAAUUGAACGGCAGUGAAUACUUCAGAAAGACUAUUUCUUCCACUGGGCAUUUGGAUGCACAGGUAUUAUAUUUAGGUGGAGUGCCUCAGUCAAUUGAAGAAGAAGUGAAAGUCAAACGACAAGCAGCUCCUGAUAUACAAACUGAUUUCAAAGGAAUUAUUCAGGAUGUCCAGAUCCGUAAUGGUUCUCAUACAAUGGUGGUCGAACUAUUUCCCCUGCGUGUUCCUGAUUUGGUGGUACCACCUCCGUUUGGCCAGGUGUCCUUCCAUCCUGAAUGGUUGGCAGGUGUCAUUUCAGACGACUUAUGCAGACAUUCUCCUUGCAAACAUAAUGCUACUUGCGCAAAUACUUGGAACGACUUCCAGUGCGAAUGCACUCGUGGUUACAAAGGCAAACGUUGCGAAGACAUCGAAUUCUGCCAACUCCAAGAUUGUCCAACUGGAUCCAGAUGCCGCAACUUGGAAGAUGGCUACGAAUGUCUUUCCAACGCCACAUUCUCUGGUCUGGACGCGCCUUUGGUAUUCCGACCAGGUGCUUUGAAAGAAG